AAAAGGAAUCUAUCUACUUUUUAUUUACUAAUGAAAAUUUAUAACAGACAAAAAAAAACAUAGAAUUUAUUGAGGGAAUAUAUUAGGGUUGACAGACGACCAUGGAUCGUCAACAGGAAACAACCGAACAAAUCCACAAGAAAGCAAGAAUAAAAUCUCAAGAAUCUGUUGUGAGAUCUUCUUUUCCUCUUGAUCUAAUCUCGGAGAUACUCUCAAAAUUGCCUGCGAAAUCUGUUGGCAGGUUUCGUUGUGUUUCAAAGCUCUGGUCAUCUGUCACCACCGAUCCAUACUUCAUCAACAAGUUCGAAACUCAAUCCAGACAAAGGAAGCCAAGUCUUCUUCUCACCUUCAAAAGAGCUGACAGGUUGUUUGUUUUCUCGAUUCCACAAGACCGCCAGCCUUCAAAUUACGAGUAUCAUUCAAUUGCUUCUCAGCCUGUUCACAGUUAUCAUAUGACAUACCCUAAGUCACGUCGUUUCUUCCCUAGGGCAUCUGUCCAUGGCUUGAUCUCUUGCUUUCAAGAAGAAACAAAACCCAUAAUCUGGAACCCUACAACGAGAAAGUUAUUAACCCUAACCAAACCCGAAAAGAGCUGGGACUAUGCAACAUUCUUUUUAGGAUAUGAUCCAGUUGAUGCUAAACACAAAGUUUUGUGCAUGCGUUUUGAUGAAACCAUAGACGAGUAUCGGGUGUUCGCACUAGGAUCAGCUCAAGAAUCAUGGAAAAGGAUCAAAACUAGCCAUAAGCAUUAUGUUAAUUCUUACCCUACCCGUCAUGUAUGCACUAACGGCUUUAUUUAUUAUAAUGCAUAUAGUGACAAGACAGAGAGAUUUGGCUUUAUAAUGAGUUUUGAUGUGAGAUCUGAAGAGUUCCAUGUGAUAAAACUACCAUGCAAUAAUAGUAGACCUGGUGGUAUACUCGCAUCUUAUGAGGGAAGGUUAGCUUGUGUUACUCAUAACGCUGCAGGUGAUGGCACUAUACUGUGGACUUUGAUGGAUGCAGAGAAACAUGAAUGGUCGCGUCGCGACUUACCCAUACCUAUACCUUUCUAUGAUCGGAGUUUGGAAACAGCUUUCAAUUUCAUAGGCAUCACGGAUGCUGGUGAGUUCGUUUACGUACCAAAUAGGUUUCGCAAAUUGUAUUAUGUUUUAUUUUAUGAUCCAAAGAGAAACAAGUUUCAUAGAGUUGGGUUUAAUGGAAUCGCAGACGACGAGUCUAGGCUCAAGCAUGGACUUGUAAAUAGUCGUCUGUAUAAUAUCCCUGUUGUUAUGAAUCACAUAGAGAGUCUUAGGUCUUUUUAAACAAAUUUGUUUUUUUUUUCGUUAGAAUGAUAAUAGCUUUAUGCAAUUUCAUUAUUUUAUCUUCUUCAUAUUUUAUUUUUAGUCUGGGGGAUUAUUUUGUUCAUAAUAUUAUUAUUCCUUAGUUUGUUUUGAUCUUAUUUUAAUUACCAAAACUCUUUUAUGAUCUUAAAAAAAAUGAACAAAUGAACAAAACAUUAAUCAACAAGGCUCAAUUCUGUUUGACCAAUCAAUGUAGUGUCAAAACAAACCCAUGUCUAAUAUAGAAAACAAAAUCUUCAAAAACAAGACAAUAGUUUUUUUGGGCUAAUAUUACCCUUAGAUAACAUUAACAAAAUUAGUUUAUUACGCAAAUAGCACACAAAGGGAAAAUCUUUAAAAUACCAUUCAUUUACAAGGAUAAUACUAAACAAGCCUAAAAUAAUAUAAUAAAUAUUUUAGAUAUCACAAAAAUUAUGAAGAAAAUAGCACAUGACGAAAACAAAUCUCCAAAUUAGCAUUAAUAAAAAGAUAAAACGAUUAAUUUACUUUUAACGCCAAACCAUCAAAUCUUAAUCUCACCCCUUAAAUAAUAUACCUUAAAUCUUAAUUAUUAUUAUUUUUUGAAUUGAAUGUUAAAUUUAAUUCAAAAAGAAAAUACCUUGUUACAACUAUGUGUGACUUUCUUUAAGAUUUUCUAUAAAAUUUUAAUAAAAACCAAAUAGAAAGAAAGAGGCUUCAACUCAUCAACCUUCUCAUCCCUUAUCAAUCUUCUCAAAUCUACCUAGCUCUCACUUCUACUAGAUAGCCAGUUCUCACUCCUACUGGAUGUUCAGCACUCACUCCUACUAGACUUCUUUAUCGCAACUCAACCUUCUCCAAUCUACCUAGCUCUCACUCCUACUAGGCAGCCAACGCUCACUCAUACUAGAUGUUCAUCACUUCCUCCUACUAUUCCAUAAUCUUCCAAAAUUUCCUAUAAAAACUUAUUUGGUGCUUAACCAGAACCUCAUCCCCCCUUCUAAAUCCUUAUCUCAUUUCCUUUGUAAGAUUGUAAACUUGUUCCUCAUAGUUUUUGAAUUUAAUAAUUAAGAUUUAAUUAAGAUUAAUUAAUUAAAUCUUAAUUAUUAAAUUCAAACCCAAAUAAAUAUAAUUUUAGUUUUUCUUAACUUAUGCUAUUUUGAAAAAUAAUUAUCCUAUGGGCUACUUUUAGAAUAAAAUAUGUUUUGUCAAAAAAUGUUUAAUGCUAUUUUAGAAUAAUUUUUUUCUAAAUACUAAACCAUAAACGCUAACUAUAAAAUCGAAAUCCAAAUUAUCAUCUGAUGUAUUUUUUUAAAAUUAGUUCUUUUAUAUUGUGCUACUUGAGAAUAUUUCUAUAGUUUUUUCUUACAAUUAUGUAAUGUGUUUAUAUAAAUGAAUAACAAAAAUUAUGUUCCUAAAAAUUUAUAUCAUUUAAAAGAAAUUAACUGAACAUUCUCAUUUUUUAUUUCUCUUUAAAAAUUAUAAUUAAAAUUUAUUUUCAUAAAAUUAAAGAGAAUUAACAAAAAAGAUCAAAAAUGAGAAAUUAUUAUAAAGUAUUGAUCACUUUAUAAAUGGUUUAAAAUCAUUUAUAUUUAUUUUAUUAAUCUUUAAAAUGAGAGGUAUAUAUAGAACCUACGGGUUGCUCAAUUUACUAUAUUAUUAGCAAUCAU